UGUAAUUUAGCAGGCAUACAAAUUGAACGAACCACCACAUAAACAAACACUUUUUUCAUUUUCGAAAUAAAAGAAUUUUUCUGCUCCAUUGGAAUUACCAUAUUGCCGUUCCCAUCUCUCCGUGGAUCGAUCACUUUCGCGACAUCAAAGAUUUCUUUAGAUCAAAUUCAAUAGCUGAGACCAUAGUAUAUGGACGGUGCGAUGGAUUCCAAUUUGUACAAAGCUAUACAAGAAGGAAACGUUGAUGGCAUGAAACAGCUGAUAACAGCUAGUCAUGGCCGUUCCGGUAGUGGUGAUCAUUAUCUCCUCCAAGCAAUGACGGCCUAUCUCAAUAGCAAUCCACUUCAUGAGAAUGACAAACAAAAAGAAUGAUACAGCACUUCAUGAGACACUGCAUUAUGUAAGUGGAUCCAUUAAUCUAGUACUUCCCUGGUUGAUCGAUGCCGACCCAGGUUUUGCUUAUUUUGCUAAUGAUGCUGGUGAGACACCACUUUACCUGGCCGUUAAAAAUGCUACAAUUAAUGAGAUUGAAUAUAUCUUAGAGAAAUCUCCAUCCCAAGCUCAUACUGCUCCUGACGGAAGGACCGUGCUACAUACCGCAAUGCAGCUCAAUGACUAUUUUCGGUCAGCUGAUACUGCAGAACUAUUGUUGAAAAAGAAGCCACUUAUAGUAAAAGAAGUGGACAAAGAUGGCUGUAGUGCACUUCACUAUGCUGCUUCGUUAUACAGAGCUCACGCCUUCGCUGAAAUAUUGGAUGCUGAUUCAUCUGUUGGGUAUUUUAGAGAUAAAGAUGGCAUGACGGCCCUUCAUUAUGUCGCAGGAUAUUACUUUAAUGUGGCUCCUGAUGAUUAUUUUCACAUGCUAGUAUUGAUGAAGAAAAUGAUCGGAAAACUAGCAGAAAGUUGCCCUGAUUGCUGGGAAAUCAGAGACAACAAAGGCCGUAACUUUCUUCAUAUUGCUGCUGAAACCAGAAAAGUUUACUGUUUUGAGUAUAUUUUUAAAGAUAUGCCAUCAUCACCGACAAAUGAUCUUAUGGUGAUGAACCUUUUAAAUAGGAGGCAAGACAAUGGAAACACACCUUGUGAUUUGCUCCGAAGUUUAGACCCGAAUGAAUAUCCAGGUUAUAGAGAUGAUUGCCUAGAGUUUAUCAAGCGAGACCCAAGAACAGGACAGGAUCAUAUCCAUCCACGUGAUUACGAUCUCGAUGUUUCUCAAAGGAACAGGGCAGAGGCGAAAUUAGUAAAUGGUGAACACCUACAUGAUAUAGAGGGUCAAGCUAAUAUGGUAGUGGCAACACUUUUGGCAACUAUUGCAUUUGCAGCUGCUUUUACAUUUCCUGGAGGCUACACCAGUGAAGGCACUGCAACUUUGGCUAGAAGAACAGCUUUCAUAAUUUUUACUGUUUGUAACAAUCUAACCAUGCUUCUGUCCUGUUCCUCUUUGUUAAGUCACUUUUAUUGUUUAACAAUGAGAACAUCAUAUGGCUUCAGUACGGUCAUCACCUACGGAUCAUUACAACAGAUCCCGUCCUUUUGUACACUAUUAUCCAUCCCAACGACGAUGGGGGCAUUUGUGGCAGGUACAUACGCGUAUCUAAGCGAGUUUCCUGGACUUGCCAUUCCCAUUUGUAUACUUGGUUGUGGUUUCUUCCCAUCCUCUUUUAUCAUUGCCUAUAGAGCACUACGGAGAUUCUCCCGUCUCAGCGAUAUGGACAAACGUGUAGUGUUUCCUUCUAAUGUAGGAUACUUAGUAGAUUUUAAAUAUUAUAAUACUAAUGAAAUCAGGAUGUUGUAUUCAAAAAAGAAAAAAAAUGUAGAUCAAGAAUUAUAUUUUUAG